AUGGCUGAUUCUCAAAACUCUACGAUCCUGUCGUUUGGCUUUGUCGGCCUUGGGAAUAUGGGCUCUGUGAUGAGCUUAAACCUGGCCGGCUAUGCCCAAAAACAAGGAUUCCCAAAGGUCAAGCUAUGGAAUCGUUCUCGCGGCAAAGCCGAGGAGCUUGCUGGACGGGGCUUCUUUGAAGUAGCAGAUACGCUGGAGAACAUAACAAAGGACUGCAACAUCAUCCAUGCUUGCCUUGCAAACGACGAUGUUGCUCUGUCAGUUUACCGCCAAAUUCUAGGCGCUGCAAAACCAGGUCUUAUCCUUGUGGACCAUUCGACAUUGUAUCCAACCACAUCCUCAACAUUAUACGCUGAAGCCGAAGCGAAGGGCUCGAGUUUCCUGUCUUGUCCAGUCUUUGGCCCACCCGCCGUAGCUGCAAGCGCGGGGCUUUUGGUCGUAUUAUCUGGCCAUGAGAAAGCCAGGACUACAUUGAAGGAGUACAUCGUGCCGGCAAUAGGAAAGGCCAUUAUUGACUGUGGUGAUAGCACAAGAAAAGGUGCACUUCUCAAGAUUCUAGGGAAUAACUGUAUUCUCGGUACAAUUGAGCUCAUGUCAGAGAGUUUCACUCUAGCCGAGAAAACAGGAUUUGACGCCGCCUUGUUUUACGAGUUCAUACAACAAUGGUUUCCCGCUCCAGCUUGGGUGAACUAUGGGAAGAAGAUUCGGGACGGGGCUUUUAGUGGUACGACGGGAUUCACUAUACCUGGCGGGAUGAAAGACGCUGCAUAUAUACGACAGUUAGGUGCUGAAACAUCUACGCCAACUCCUCUUAUUGAUCAGGCAUGGAACCAUCUUACCACCGCUAAGGCUCUGGGUGGUGAAAGUUUGGAUUGGAGUUCAUGUGCCGCUGGAAUGCGAGUUACGGCAGGCCUACCACCAUUCAAGGGCGAAGAUUUCAGUUUGAGUAAGAAGUAG